AUGAGUUCGAAUACAUCACCAUCCGAUUCUCCGGCGUUAAAAGCGGCCAAUGAGGCUGCCGCAUAUUCCGUCGAUAGCUCGAGUACGGAUAGUCUUCCAGAAAGAGCUCUCUUCGACCCCAUUCUCCUUCCCGACGAUAGCUACGAUAUCGACGGCACAUAUUGGGCGGACCUGCCGCUAGCUAAGAGAGUAAAAUUCGUUCUCAACUACGACCUCUUCGUUGAGGGUAAGAAGGAAUUGGGGGAGAUCUGGCAGGGUACAAAGAAGAAUCCACUAUAUCCUUUGAUUGCCUAUUUCAAAAAUGCCGUUCUUCCUGGUGCUGGUUUGGGAUUGGAGGGAUACGUUCUUUUCUCUAUCGGAAACAUCAAGCCGCUAUUUAAGGCGGUCUGGAAAGAGUGCUGGGAUACCCACCAAGUUUGCGACGCAAGAUGGGUGAACUCGAUUGAAUACCUCGAGGUUGCCGGUAUCAUGGUCGGUCAGAUAUUGGUCGGAAUCCAGGGUGACUGGGUUGGCCGAAAAUUUGGUUUAGUACAGGAUGCAGUUGUCAUGUUCUUGGGUUUGGUACUUCUCACCGCUUCCUGGGGAACAUCUCUAAACGGUUGGGUUAUCUGCUACGCUUGGUGUCUAUUCAUCUACGGUAUCGGUGUUGGUGGAGAAUAUCCCAUGACAGCUACCAUGAGCAUGGAAAGCCGAACAGGUACUGGCGUCGUCUCCACAAAAGAAGAUCGUUUACAUCGUGGUCGUUCCGUCACUUCUGCCUUCCUGAUGCAGGGAUGGGGUCAAUUCUGGAAUGUCGUCGUCUUGAUGGUAGUCCUAUAUAUCGCCAAUGGGACCGGGCAUCCUCCAUACUCUGAAAAGGCUGUUCAAAUUGCCUUCAGAGUCAGUUUCGCCAUUCCUGCUAUUGGUACUGCCGCACUCGUCUGGCACAGAAUGUUCUUGAAGAAUACAAAUCAGGAACUUGACGCUCAGAAGAAGAAGUCAAAGGUCACGGGGUAUGAUCUUGAAUCCCUCAAGCUCACCUUCACCCACUUCGGUGGUAGAAUGGUGGCUACCGCCGGUACAUGGUUCGCAAAUGACGUUUUCUUCUACGGUAACAAGCUCUUCCAGUCCGAAUUCAUCAAAGUCAUCACCCCGAAUGACCAUUCCGUCAUGACCGGCUGGAAGUGGAAUCUUGUCAACGUCAGCGUUUCAAUGGUCGGCUACUAUAUGGCCUCCCUCCUCAUCGAUAACAAGCUCUACGGAAGAAAACGUAUGCAAAUCGUCGGUUUCAUGUUCGACUUCAUUCUCUUCAUCAUCCCAGCUUUCGCAUUCAAGUACUUCACAUCUCGAGAACACAUCUACGGUUUCCAGGCAAUGUACUUCCUUUCCUCAUUCUUCAACCAAUUCGGUCCAAACUCCGUCACUUUCCUUGUUGCCGCUGAGGUCUACCCAGCCUCUGUUCGUGCAUCUGCACACGGUUUCGGUGCCGCUAUCGGUAAGCUCGGUGCUGUCGCCGCCGCCAUCUUGUACAGCUACAUUGAUACUCAAACCAAAUUCUACGUCGUCCCAUGGUUUGGUCUUGGCGGUGCCAUCAUGACCUGGCUCUGGCUCCCCGAUACCACCGGUCUUGAUCUCGCCGAGCAGGAGAGAAGAUGGAGGUACAUCCGUCAAGGACGUGGUGACGAAUAUUGCGGUGUCGCCGUCCACAGCAACCAUCUCAGCGUUUGGGAGCGAUGGAUGGGUAUUGGAAAGCAGUACAAUCCCGCUAAGGACUACAAGAUGAGGAUCGCAGAGAUGCGUGCUGAGUGGGAGGAGGGUCGAAGCAGAGUUAGAGAAGGCCAUGCUGAUGAAGGUUGCCCGAUCGUUUGGAACGAGCAUAUUGAAGCUUACUUCCUUAGAACGGCAGGUUCUCCAGCUGAUCAUGAUGUGAUUGAACACACGACAGCAGAGAUUACGCAUGUGAACGAGAAGAGCCAAUAA